UACAGCCGCUCUCGGAUUUAACGGAGGGUUGAGGGGACAGUUGUUCCGGCAAAAUGAAAUUCGCGGAGCAUCUUUCGUCCCACAUCACUCCAGAGUGGAGAAAACAGUACCUUCAGUAUGAGGCAUUCAAGGAUAUGCUGUAUGCUGCCCAGGAUCAAGCCCCAUCUAUAGAAGUCACAGAUGACGACACGGUGAAGAGGUAUUAUGCUAAGUUUGAGGAGAGGUUUUUCCAGACAUGUGAGAAGGAACUCCUGAAAAUCAACACAUUCUACUCAGAAAAGCUUGCUGAAGCCCAGAGACGUUUUGCCACUCUGCAGAAUGAGCUGCAGUCUUCACUGGAUGCUCAGCGCGAGAGUAACGCUCCUCCCGGACUGCGGAAACGCAAGACAAUGUUCCACCUGUCGCAGGAGGAGCGCUGCAAACACAGCAACAUCAAGGACUUGAAGCUAGCCUUCAGCGAGUUCUACCUCAGCCUCAUCCUGCUCCAGAACUACCAGAACCUGAACUUCACUGGUUUCCGCAAGAUCCUGAAGAAACAUGACAAGAUCCUGGAUACUCCUCGUGGGGCCGACUGGCGUGUGGCUCACGUGGAGGUGGCACCUUUCUACACCUGCAAGAAGAUCACACAGCUUAUCAGUGAGACAGAGACACUGGUGACCACAGAGCUGGAGGGAGGAGAUCGUCAGCGGGCGAUGAAGAGGUUGAGAGUUCCUCCACUGGGGGCAGCUCAGCCUGCGUUAGCCUGGACAACGUUUCGUGUGGGUCUCUACUGCGGCAUCUUUAUCAUUCUCGCCAUCGCCUUCAUUCUCACUGGUGCUGUUUUCAUCCGCUCUGAGAACAUGUGGCCUUUGGUGCGGAUCUAUCGGGGCGGUUUCCUCCUAAUCCAGUUCCUCUUCCUGUUGGGCAUCAACACUUACGGAUGGCGACAGGCAGGAGUCAACCAUGUCCUCAUCUUCGAGAUCAAUCCUCGAAACAACCUUUCACACCAACACCUGUUUGAGAUUGCUGGUUUCCUCGGCGUGUUAUGGUGUCUCAGCAUCCUCUCCUGUCUCUACUCAGAGUACACCUACCUCCCCAUGCAAAUCAAUCCUCUCAUCCUUUACGGCUUCAUGGUGCUCUUCCUCUUAAACCCCUUCAAGACCUGCUACUACAAGUCACGUUUCUGGCUCCUCAAGCUACUGUUUCGUGUGUUCACAGCGCCAUUUCACCGAGUGGAGUUUGCAGACUUCUGGCUGGCUGAUCAGCUCAACUCUCUGGUGGUUGUUCUGAUGGACCUUGAGUAUCUCAUCUGCUUCUACGUCUUUGAGCUGCAGUGGAGCAACAGCAAAGGCCUGUUGCCCUCAUUUAAAGAACCCGGUGAGUACAUGUGCCACAGCUACUCGUACGGUUUGCGUGCCAUCAUCCAGUGUCUGCCCGCCUGGUUCCGCUUCAUCCAAUGCCUGAGACGUUACCGCGACACUAAGAGGGCCUUUCCUCACCUGGUGAAUGCUGGGAAAUAUUCAACAACUUUCUUCGUCGUCACCUUCGCAGCGCUCUAUGCGACACACAGAGAGCAAGGACAUACAGACGCCGACAUGUUCUUCUACCUGCUGAUCGUGUUCUCAACCAUUAGCUCCCUGUACACACUGAUCUGGGACCUGCGUAUGGACUGGGGUCUGUUUGACCGCGGAGCCGGAGAGAACACCUUCCUCAGAGAAGAAAUUGUUUAUCCACACAAGGCCUACUACUACUGUGCCAUUAUAGAAGAUGUGAUCCUGCGUUUCGCCUGGACGAUCCAGAUCUCUCUAACCACGAUGACCAAGUUUCACUCUGUGGGCGACGUCGUAGCCACCGUGCUGGCUCCCCUAGAGGUCUUCAGGCGUUUUGUGUGGAACUUCUUCCGUCUGGAGAAUGAGCACCUGAAUAACUGUGGUGAGUUUCGUGCGGUGCGGGAUAUCUCUGUGGCGCCACUCAACGCUGACGACCAGACGCUGCUGGAGCAGAUGAUGGACCAGGAUGAUGGCGUGCGGAACCGCUCAGGCAAGAAGACCUGGAAGAGGUCCUACAGCCUGUCACUCAGACGCCCCCUGCUGUCCUCCUCACAAUCGAAAAAGGACACAAAGGUGCUUAUUGAAGACACGGAUGAUGAGGCCUUCAGCUGAGUCCACAGCGACAGUGCACGCACACAGACACACACACAGACACAGACAUACUGUACUUUACUAUACUUAUAAGGACCUCAUCCACUAACACCAACCUCAGCCCGUCCCUCCUGUCAUUGUAAGUGUGACCCUCAGUCUAAACCAUUAAAUCAGUGAGGACCAUCAGACUGGCCUCACUUAUGAGAGCUUACCUCAUCUUUGUAUCCUUGUGAGGUCUUUAUAAGUAUAGAAAUACAGAUCAUAAUGCAGAAACACACACACCUGCCGAAGCACAAGCAUAGUGUGAUAUCGCUACAGUAAAGGAGAGAGCUAAUGCAACACAGCCAUACAGACAGACGGACAGAUGCCAAGACAAGACCACACUGCCCUGGGAUUAUCCUCUUUUAUAAAACAGACUUUUUUUUAGUAUGUGUUGUUUACUUUGAGACGUUUCUUUAGAUGUUUCUUUACUUUUUCUGGAUUUAUUUAGGAAAAGCUGCAUAGUUAGGCUACACACGACUGUUUACAAGUCUUUUUAAUUACUCUAGGAUCAACAGGGAGAGCACAAGCCAAUCAGAAGACUAAAUACUAGUCAACCGAAACCUGAGGAAGGACUCAACACAUGUCACAGCAUAUCAAAACUAAUCAACUGGUUUCAGCUCGUUGAUUGUUUUUAUACUCCUCCUUUUUUCGGUCGGUUUAUUAAGUUCGAUCACAACCCUGGAGGCACUUGCAGGAAAAGUGCAUUUAAUACACAAACAUGGGGGGGAAAAAAACCUACUUGUACACAAAAGGGAUGUUUUGUUUCAAACAUUUCUGGUCUGUGAAGUUGCUUUGUAACAUAUAUAUAUUUUGAUGUGCAUUAUUACUCUAUUGUACUUCUACAUGUGUUGUUUAUACUAGUGAGACUAGUUUGAGCGUCCUCUCGAUGAUUGUCGAUGUUUUUUCUAAUGUUUGGAAUGUUUUUCUCCGUUAGAUUUGUGCCACGUUUAUAUUAAACUCAGAGUUAGACCUCCAUUUAUCCCGAAUCUCAGAUUAGAGCAAAAACGCAGCAUGAAUCUUUGUGUCAUCUUAAAGUGCCCUGUCAGCUACAGCAUAUAUCUACAUGCAUUGCUAUUGUUUGCAUUAACUGCCAAAGCUUUAUUUUUAUGAAUGUGUCUGUGGCUUGAGCUUGCCUGAGUGAGAGGCAAAAAACAAACAGAGCCCAAAACCUUUUAGUAUUUAAAAGAUCAUUAAUAUAAUUGUAUUUUAAUAUUUUAAUUUUUUUUAAUUGGAGAGUUUUGUUUUAUUUUUAUAUGUGUGUGUGUUUUAUUUAGCUGUUUUAACAGGCAGGUUCUGUCUUGUAGGAAAUCCCAGUAAUAUGACUUAGUUAGUAUUACUGUCAACAUUUAUGUGGAGCAGUGAUGUUCUGCUUUAGAUUAACGUUUAAUGGUUGUUGAGUCAAAGUUGUGAGUUUCAGUGGUUCUCAAACUGUGAGUGGGACCACAGGGGGAGAAACUGGAUGAGUCUAAUUCAUGAAGGUUGAAUAACCAAACAAGUGGUGAUCCAGAUUCAUUCAGACAACAAAACGACGUACAACAUGCACAGAUUUUUGACAAGGAAGAAAAGACAAAUGAGUUAUACUUAUCUCGUAUCUGUCAAUCAAGCUGGAGAUCCUUGAGCCUUAUAUCUGUGGCAAUUUGUUUAAACUGCAUUUUUUUAAGAAACGUGCAAAAAUGACACGGAAAUUAAAUUCAGUUUAACCAAAAUGUUUUUUUCAGCUUCUUAAAUGGGGUGUCAGGAAAAGUUUGAGAACCACUAGAACAGUUUUUGAAGAUCAGGUGCUUUGUAAUGCACUUCACAUGAUCACCUGACUGAUUCAGAGACCUUAAACAAAGAAAAUCCAUUAUUUCUGACAUGUUUCACAGCUUUUGAUUCAGUCUGAGUCAGCCUCCGUUCAGCAUCCCCAUUAUCAGAUCCACGCCGUUUCAUUUGUCUUAUGUUCACUGUUGCCUCAUUCAUUUAAAAAAAAAAAAAAAAGGGAUUGUAAACUGCUGUGAAUCUGUUAAGUCUUGUAUAUCUUAGUUUAAUCUCAUAUAAUUACGAAUGAUAACCAGAAAAGAAAGAAGUGCUGUAUUCUGAUGUCCACAUUUAAUUGUAAUUUAAAAAGUGUGCUCCCGGCUUCCAGAGGAACUCUGCUGUGUGUUUGACUUUCUCUUCCUGUUGGGCCCUCUUCUCUCCGCUCGUGUUCCUCCCUGCGGCUACAGAGCGUCACCACCAGCCAGUCAUGAGACAAAGCCCAGAGAGCUACGAGACAAACGUGUUAUACAAAGUCCUACUUUUACUACUUUGUGUUGUUGUUGGGGGUUAUUUUUCCUUCCUCCGGAGUGGCUAAAACACUGAAAGGCCUCUUGUGUGCAAUGAGCUCGAUGUGAAAUGGAAAGCUGUGUUUAUAUCUGUUAAACUUUAGAAGAUGGGUAGCUUCCCUGUCCAUUUAAACACACUGGGCACAUACCAUGUUUUGUACAAGGCCAUACAUGACACACACACACACACACACGCACAUACACAGAGCGCACAUUACCUCUCUCUACCACUGUCCCGUGUCAGAGAGCACAACACCACAGCAGACAGUUUUGUAAAAAGGCUCUGUUGUCUUGCCUGCAUGCUGCUUUUGUUUUACAUUGUACAUAGAUCUUAAUUUAUUUUACAUGAUGUGAAUAUUAGCGAUCAUUGCAGCCACCGUGACAAUGACUGAUUUCAUACGUUGCCAUUUUUUGCUCCGAGACAAGCAGUAUUUUCUAGGCGAUGAGGAGCUCUUUUUGAUCGCUCACAAUCCUGCACUCUUUUUUCAUGUGUAAAUCUGUUGAAAACGUGUUUGUAUAAAAAUAGAAAGAAUAGAAAAGAAAAAAAGUUCGAUAGAAACAGAACGUGAUUGCUCGUAUCUUGUCGGUGAUUCCUUCUUGUUUCCAGGGGCUCGAGGAGGAGACGGGGACAGAUUCCUGUGUCCUGACGCUGUAAAACUGUCCCCCCCACCCCCCAAGUGUACAUUUGUAGAUGUGCAUGAAAAUCUUAUGGAUGUUGUUGUAAAAUCGCCCUGCAGACAGAAGCACUUUGAUAUACUGUAGGGCACAGGAACAAGACCCCAGUCCAGAGAGGACCCACAUCAUAACAAGAAACUGUUCAAAACUGAUCCCAGAUCUGCAUGAGCACAUCGUGAACAGACCUGGGAUCUUUAUUUGCUCGCUGGAGGCGUUUUGAGAUGCUUCUCUGUGAGAAACACAUUGUUUUAGUGUGUUCACAGUGAUUCAUUACCCGCCGACAAGCAAAAAACAGGGUUAUUUUGUACAGUGUGUGUUCGAUGAGAUGACAACGUAAAGCCCCAACAUCCCAUUUUCUCAUGGGUGAAAAUCACAAAUGAGUUUGUUUUCACUGCUUGCUGAAAUUCACCCCAUGACGUUAAAGUGCUUGAUAUGUGUGCAUCCUGCCCCCCCCUCCCUCUCGAUGUUGUUUUCGUACCCUUUCUCUAAUCUAGCUGAAUGUGAUCGUACCUGUAGUUUGGUAGAUGGAUGUUCUACUUUGAUAAGAUACAAAAAAAGAUGAUAGAAUAAAUACAUUGUGGCUAAAUGUGAUUUUAAGAGACGUAAGACGAAAGAAAGGAAGAUGUCUUACAGUCUGAACCAUCCUCCGCCCUCCCCGAAUCCCCUUUAUAGAGUAGUUUGUACAUGUCAGGUGUAUAACACUGUUCUAUGAUGUUUUCCUGAUGGUAUUUGUAUUUCUGUAUACACUUUGGUGAUCCUGUCAUAUCUGGGUUUUAUA